AUGACAAAGAGUGUGUUUAAACCCUUGUUGAACCAUCUACAGGGUACUGGCUUCUACAAAGUGCUUGAAAAGUGGGAGGGUUUCGUGGCUGAUGCCGUGAAGAAUACAGACAAAGCCAGCGACCCUAGUGACACGGACGAAGGCAAUGAUGUGGACAUUACGAAUUAUUACGAUACCGUACAGCUAAUGGAAGAAAUGGAGAAGAGGCAGUAUGAGGAGGAGAAGGAGGAGGAGUACAUUUGCCCGCCAACGCAACCAUCGACUGUACUCUGCGACGUUAACACAGUCGGCGACGUUACCAGAGCAAGCGACGUUAACAGAGACAGCUGCCAAUAA